AUGAAAAUAGGGGCCAUACCAGCUGUUCACGACAUUCACGACCUCGACGAACUCAAGAAUGCCAUUGGACAAGCCCAACUCAUUUCUGCUUUCGAUCGUCGACGAGUCCAUCUCACUUCCCCCGUACCUUCUUCCUCUGGCAAUCACGGAUUAGUUUCCACCGUGGCUUCCGGAUCGGUCCCCAGAAGCAACAUUUCUUCUGAGCCUGACGGCUUGGUUCGACCUCUGUCGAAGAAAGAAUUACGCAAGAGGGAUGGUCAUAGGUGCAACGAAUGUGGCAAAACCGGACAUUGGCAAUGCGAUCACUACUCCUACAAAUGCACCUUAUGCGGCAAGAACGCACCCGGACACAACUCAGGUUCCAAGUGGUGUCCCGACUACCGACCAACACCUCGCAACACUUCACCCGACCAAUACAAUGCGCUCCUGGACGACGGGGACUACGACGACUAUCUAUGGGGAGAUGAAGGAGAGCACAACCUGAACACCUGA